AUGGAUCAAUCAGAUAGGGGCCAGUCACAGCCCCAGCCCGAGGACCCGGUGACCUCCAUCGAGAAUGAUGGCGCCGUAUCUGAGGAGCAAUGGAGGGCUAUGAUGGAUGUCAUCAUGGCCAUUUACGAUUUUCGCGAGCCAGAUGGCCAUGACCCUUCGCGACUUUUCCAUCGCAGUGUGAACAAGCGCGUCGUGCCGGAUUAUUAUGACAUUAUCAAAGAACCCAUGGCGCUUAGCAUUCUGAAGCAGCGCAUCAACAAGCGAGAGUAUAGGCAGUUUAAGGACUUUGUGCGCGACUGCGCUUUGAUCCCCCACAACGCGCAGACAUACAACAGGCCAAAGUCACAAGCAUACGAAGAUGCACUCGUGAUUAAGGAUGUUUUCCAUCAGGAGCUGAAGAAGCUCGUUGAUAAUGGGGUAAUCAGCGCCGAGGAAGCGGAGUUCCCUGACCUCGGCGAGAUCCCUGAGGCCGAUCCUGUCCCCGACGAAGAAGACGAGGAUGAGGACGAAGAGGAAGAAGAGGAAGAAGAUUCAGACGAUGAAGGACGCCGAAGGAAGAAACCAGGCCCUAAACCAGGAUCCAAGCGCGGUGGGAGAGAUGGGAAGCAAGAGCCAGACCUCCGUAAAAAGCGCGGACUACGAAAGUUCAAAGGUCCAGGCGGUCAUUUGAAGGUCGUGCACUUUGAACGUCUUCCUGACAAAUCUGCCUAUCCGGAUUAUUACAUGGAAAUCAAAGAGCCCAUCGCUAUCGAUAUCAUCAAGCGCAAGUCGAAGCGCAAGAAGUACAAUUCAGUCGACCACUUCAUGCGAGACUUGGACCUGAUGUUCGAAAAUGCCAAAGCUUACAAUCAGUCCGAGAGCCAGAUCUACAAAGAUGCCGUGGAUCUGCAGACGGAGGCACGAAAACUGGCCGAGCAGGAGAAGAAGAAGCCUGAUAGCGAAUACCUCAUGGAGGAUGGGCGUUUUCCCUGCCAGAUGGGAUAUUGCAUCGAAAUGAGCUCUGGAAGGUUGGCGAUUGGGUUCACAUUCAAAACCCCAACGAUGUCACCAAACCUAUCGUUGCUCAAAUCUACCGGACCUGGGAAGACUCCGAGCACUGUCCACCACUUUGAGAAGCACUUUUAUCCUAAUGAGGUGGUCAAGACAGGUCAAUACCGUGACCACCGCAUUGAUGAAAUUGUUGAUCGUUGCUUUGUGAUGUUCUUUACUCGCUACAGCAGAGGCCGUCCGCGCGACCUUCCUCCAGGCAAGGAGAUCUAUGUCUGUGAGGCUCGCUAUAACGAAGAGAAACACAAGCUCAACAAAAUCAAGACAUGGGCAAGCUGCUUGCCAGAUGAGGUGCGAGAGAAAGACUAUGAAAUGGAUCUUUUUGACGUGCCCCGUAAAAUCAGAAAACAUCCUAGUCCGAUCAAGCACCUGCUGAAGGAGGAUGCAAAGGAGACCGAUGAUCUUCCACGGCCAACAUGGGGAGCUGACAAUGCACCCCCUGUGGUAGGCGCGGUACAUCGCCGCCCACGCGAUGAGAAUGAAUCCCCGCCACCUGAACCCACUCCAUCUCCGCCGCCUCCAACUCUGCCACCGUCCACCAUGACAUCUGCCACCCCUCGUCCAUCUAUCAACCAGCCUCUCCCGACAGUUCCUUUGGCUACCUCGAGCAAUGCAGUGGCAGCUCAAACCCAAGCCCCCAUGGCGACUGCAUCGGUAUCCCAGGUAUCUCCGGCUCCAGUGCCGCAGACAACCUUCCAGACCCCCAUGAAUACGCAAAUGUACCAAGCUCAGCGCCGGCCAAGCAACUUCAUGCAGCAGACUCCAACCACCGCAUACCAGACCUCACCGGCUCCACAGUCUUAUCCAGCAACCGCGGCAUCACAAUAUGGUUCUUACACUCCUAAUCGUCUUCAGACUGCAGCUCCUGUCUAUAACCCCAACGCACCACGCACAGUGGAAGUAUUUCAUCUCAGUGAUGCCGCGAAUCUCGCAAUCCCUGCCGAUAUCCGGCGUCAAUUCCACUGUGACGACAAAGGACAUGUUUUGUUCUUCUCGACCCCUCCUUUGGAUCUCAUUCUUCCAGUUCAACCACAGCUGACUCAUUCUCUCAAAUAUCUUGCUAGAAGAGAGGACCGUCAGAAGAAAGUUGCUGAAAGAAAGCGAAAGCGCGAAGAAGAAGAGGCCCGGCAACUGGAAGAAGAAAAGCGCCGCCGAGUCGAUGAAGAGAUAGAGCUUGCUUCCCGAAUCCAGGCACUUGUCCCUCGAGCUGUCGAGUGCAUGGUGAAGCAAGUCGUUGCAGGAACCGAAGAGCUUUAUGACAUAUUCCCCCUGGAAGGUGCGGGUCAUUCUCGCUCUGCGGAUGACCAGGUUCGCGCGAACCGAAUCUUGAACGAUCAGUUGGCGAAACAGCAGACUGAACAGAUCCAGGCACAGUCCCAUCCAGAAGGGUUCGUCAACUUGAAAGGCAGUGCAGUGUACCUGGGAGAUAGCUCAGUUGAGGGUCGCUAG